AUGGAUCCCCCCAGUUCUAAUCCCCCGACCCAGAACCCUCCGCCCAAUCCAGCGAACCUACCAAACCCAUCAAACCCGGCGAACGCUUCCCCCAACCUCUCCACUCAGCAGCAUAACCUGAUUCGCACGGAUCAGGUCCAAAAACUUCCUCAUCUCAACGACGCACAGAAGUCUGCAAAUACCCAGGUUGUCCGGAGUCUGUGGGAGAUCAUUAACUCCCACCCGCAGGGCUCCCAGGAAUACAAUUCCGCCCAUGCAAAACUCGCAGGCCUUUCGAAUUCCCUUAUGCGCGGCAUGAAAUCUUACCAGUAUAGCAGAGCUCAACAGAUCCAAUUACAACAGCAGCAAAAACAGCUUCAUCAGAUGCAGCAGCAGAGACCUCAGGCAGGCCAACCAGGCCAGCCAGGCCAGCCGGGACAGCCAGGCCAGCCGGGACAGCCGGGACAGCCAGGACAGCCGGGACAGCCAGGACAGCCAGGACAGCCAGGACAGCCAGGACAGCCAGGACAGCAAGGACAGCCGGGACAGCCGGGACAGCAACAAGGCGACGGUAUACAGUCAAUCCAGACACCGCAACAACAACCGCAACAACAACCGCAACAGCAAGCGCAACAGCAAACGCAACAGCAAACGCAACAGCAACCGCAACAGCAACCGCAACAGCAACCGCAACAGCAACCGCAACAGCAAACGCAACAGCAAACGCAACAGCAACCGCAACAGCAACCGCAACAGCAACCACAACAGCAACCACAACAACCACGCCCUCAUAUGGGCCAGCCACAGACGUUUCAGCAACUUCUUCCACAGAUCCAAGCCAAGGUCAACAGUUUAAACUUUGUGUAUCCUCCAAGGAUCGAGAAACCUCAGAUUGAAGGCUGGUUGAGUGAGGCCAAGUUACGAUAUGGCAUUGCGUUGCAGAAGCAGGAGCUUGCUUAUACCCAGCGUCAGAGCGCGGGGAAUUUGACGCAAGAAGAAAUGCAGGACUUCAAAAAUCGGCAGCUGGCGGCAAACAAACUUUUACAAGAGGGAAGUGAAUUUCUAAACAAGUUCAAAGAGCAACAGGAUUCGUUUCGCUCCAGUCAAACACAGUCACAAGUGCCUGCACAAUCGCAGUCGCAGCAAGCACAACAGCCCCAGCUGCAGCAAACACCAGCUCCGCCAGGGGCACAACACAACAGGCCCAUUGGCCCUCCUGUUUCUCUUACCAUCCCCCAACAACAACAACAACAACAACAACAACAACCAAGUCUCGCUCUUAAAACCGAACCAGGAAUACCAGACGUAUCUCGUCCUCCAGUUCCUGCUCCUAUCUCUGCUCCGGCUGCUCAUACUAUCACUUCUGCCGUAGCCGCGCGUAACCAGGCUGGUCAAACAUCCAUGUCUUCCUCUGGACAGCAACCUGGACUGCCCUCCGCACCAACACCAACACCACAUGCCCCAGUCUCACUCCCAACUCAAAUCCAAUCAACUCCUCCGAACUCCACCCAGCAGCAACAGCAACAACAACCUUUUAAGCAGCCACCCCUUCACUCCGAAACGCCCCCUAGCACCUCCCAAAUCCCCCCAGGCCCUCCUCGCCCUCUUUCCCAGCAAGCCGCGUUCCAGCAGUCUGCGCAAACCUACUCAAAUCCCCAGCAACAAACCACGCAAACUCAGCCGUCACAACAACAGCAACAGCAGCAGCAACAACAACAGCAGCAGCAGCAGCAGCAACAGCAGCAAAACACCCACGCACACCCACAAGGGUACGCCCCACACCGCGCAGACGCUACCACUCGCCAAGUCCACAUGUCUAUCCCAAAGAACCUAAACGUCAAAGCUCCCGAACCGGUAACUAUGGGUCCAGCUCGCCCCACCCUCUCUGGCGGACCCAGCCAGAAUGCUGGGGGUGUGAUGGGCCAACCAGCUAUUCAGAAACAUCCCGGCUAUGUACUUGAGGGUGAAGGGCAGCAUGUGCUUAGCAAGAAGAUGCUGGAUGUACUUGUUAAGCAGGUUACGGGUGGUGGAGAGGGAGAAGGGCUCACUCCUGAUGCCGAAGAGUUCAUCCUCCAAAUGGCCGACGACUUCGUCGAUGACGUCAUCACCGCCGCAUGCCGCCUGGCAAAACUUCGCCCAUCAUCAACCCUCGAUAUUCGCGACAUCCAACUCGUCCUUGAACGCAACUAUAACAUGCGUAUUCCGGGGUUUUCAACAGACGACUUGCGCACCGUGAAGAAACCGCACCCCACGCAGGGUUGGACACAGAAGAUGUCUGCUAUCCAGGCUGCCAAGGUAACUCAGGGGAAGGCGGAGUAG